UGGAGGGUGUGGUAAAAAGCCAAUGGUAUAAUGAAAGAGUUUUGCAAUAUCUUGUUUCACUAUAUCAGGGUUUUAUGUUUGAAGCUGUGGCUUUAGUAGCUCAGACAGAGACAAUUUGUCACUGGAGGAAGGAGUGAACUGGACAUAGGAAGAUACAUAGCAAGAGGAGACGUGAUACUGAAGAAUAAGAUACACAUGUUAAAAGAAGCUCUAAUGGACAUGGAAGCUGAUAAGAGACAGGACCAGCUGAAUCAUAUACAGAGCCUUGAACUUCUAGAUCUCCUUUUUGAUUGUCAAGAUGGCAUUCUUUGUAAGGAAGAUAUCUCUUCGGUACCGAUGUGGGUAGCUUCAGAACAGAGUACCAUCACUCAUGACAAAAAUGCAUCCAUCUCCUCGGCGGCUGACUCGCCUUUAGACUGUAACCUAUGGUCUCCAGGGGCUAGUGACAGUGGCUUCUCUGAAGACAACCACUCUGAUCAGAAGGACAGUCCAUCUCUACAUUACUGUUUGGACUCUAGCCAUGUGAUGCCAGGCCUUGACUGGUUAACAAAAGCAGAUGUUUCCAUAGAUCUUGAAAUGUGGGAGGGGCAGUGCUUUGGUGGUGAGAGACUGGAUUUAUCCCCUUGCUUCAAUGAAUCAUCCUACAACUUGACAGUGAAGGAUCUUCUGUUAUCCAGCACUUGUGACAAGCAAUUAGCUCUUUCCUCGCAAAAUAACUGUAAUUCAGAGAUUUGUGGAGAGCUUAAACUGACUGAUGAUGAGAAAAAACUGCUCACCAAAGAAGGUGUAACACUGCCUACAUUGCUGCCUCUCACAAAGCAUGAAGAACGUAUUCUAAAGAAAAUCCGUCGGAAAAUCCGCAACAAACAGUCAGCCCAAGAGAGUCGGAAAAAGAAGAAAGAUUAUAUGGAUGGAUUGGAAGCAAGGAUGUCAGCAUGCACAGCUCAGAAUCAGGAGCUACAUCGGAAGGUCUUGCAGCUUGAGAAACAUAAUAUGUCUCUUCUAGAACAGCUCCGUAAACUACAGGCCCUGGUUUCCCAGUCUGCAGGAAAAGCAGCUCAGACAGGGACAUGUGUUGCCGUUUUGCUUCUGUCCUUCUCUCUCAUCAUCUUCCCAUCACUCAGUCCAUUCACAAGAAGCAAAAGCCAAGAGGGAAAUGAUUUCCUUCCUGUCAGAGUCUUUUCCAGGUCACUACAUGAGGCUGCUUCCUCACGGGUCUUGCAGUUCAUUCCUGGACACCACGAACCUAGACAUUGGAGCGGAGAAGGUAGUCAAACAGAAGAGAAAGAGCUGAGCCCACUAAGAAAAUACCUGGCACAUGCACAGAGCAGUCAGAUAAGACCUUCACUAGGGCAAAAGUCAUUUGAGGCAGAAAACCAAACAAGCCAACUGAAACAAGAAGGGGUUUCCCAGUUGGACACAGACAUACUAGGUGAAGUGGGUGGGUAUAUAGAUGGCCAUUUGCCGCAUCACCUAAUAACUAGGCUGACUUGGAAUGAGUCACUGAUCAAAGAGGGCAAGCUGUGACCCAGAGCCAUCAUUCCCCCAUGAGAGAAUGAGUGUGUGUAAGAGGCCUGCCCCCAGACUGAAGUUAGACCAUAAAACUCAAGUGGAAUGAGACAUAUAUUGGGGAUAAAAAUUGUUUCCCAGAUGGAAACAGCCCAUACAUGGUCGUGUGUCCUCACUGUCUGACAAAAGCAUUGCAAUGAGGGAGGGGUACAGCAAAAAAUUGACACCUGAAAGGGUAAAUAGUCUAUCCAUUUCAAUCAAAGUUGUGAACUAUAUUUAAAGCUGUUUUAUCAUCAGCCAGAGUGAAAAUAGAUAAUGUCCAUUGAUACAAAUUAUAACAGCCAUUAGUCGUCUACCUAAGCAUAUUUCCAUAUUUGUAGGAAUGUAAACAAUAGAGGUUUUCUUAUACAUUACAGUAAUGGAACUCCCAAUUACAUUAAUGUUCAAGUUGAAUAGCAAAAAGAAUCCACAAUGCAUAGGUAAAAAUACAAAUUGUACAAAGCCAGACAUACUCUUUUUGCAGCUGACUUUCAUAAUGUAUAAUGAAGUCAAGGGGUUGGAAACGAAAAUUAUCCUUUUAGUAAAUAAACCUCUAUAUACCUUGUGCAAAUGUGUUAAA